AUGCUCUGUUCAGAUUCUGGUGGCAGGCUAUGCGUGUCCGUGCGUGAUUACUACUGCUACAAAUUCCAGAUUCGGCCAGGGAUAUUCAACUCAAUGUUGUUUGGCAAGCGUCUUUUUCAGCAAUUCACGGUCAACACAUACAUCAAGAUCGAGAGUUCACGACUGGACUACAUAUGGGCUCAUCAGAAGGAGUUAAGGGCGGACCUGUACCAAGGCUUGGUGGACAGCUUGCAUGCCGGUGAGAGAAGAGCAGACGCUAUUGGAAAUCGGACUAUGCUGGCUACGUCAUUUAUUGGAGGACCUCGAGACAAGAGGCGUCGGUACAUGGAUGCUAUGGCUUUAGUGCGGAAGUACGGGAAGCCGAACGUCUUCCUCACAAUGACAUGCAACCCAAACUGGGAUGAGAUCACGCGUGAACUCUAUCCUGGCCAGAUACCCCAGGAUCGUCCGGAUCUCGUUGUGCGUGUUUUCAGGGCGAAGCUAGAGGAACUAAAAAAACAGUUGCUUGAAAAGGACAUUCUUGGCAAGGUGAAGGCAUAUGUCUAUGUGGUGGAGUUCCAGAAGAGGGGCCUACCGCACGCCCACUUCCUGCUCAUCAUGCUGGGGCGGUACAAGCUCACAUGUCCCGAGCAGUAUGAUUGUCUCAUCUCAGCCGAGCUCCCGGAGAAGCAUAAGUAUCCAGAGCUGUACAAGAUGGUUGUAAAGCAUAUGAUGCAUGGCCCUUGCGGUGUGCUAAACCGCGAUUGCCGUGCACAAAGGACCAUCCAUCAUGCAAGAAUCAUUAUCCGCGUCCUUUCAACGUGA